AUCUCGACGGGCAUUAGGGCAGACAACAGGCAUACUUGCAUCCGCGAGCGGGACGCUAUCGAUGGCAUGAGAAAGCCACGGCCCUCUUUAUCCGAGGACAGCCAGUACCCAGAAAGAGACCCAAAGAGAACGGGGUUUCCCAAAGAGAACGAAAGGACCGAUUCGAAAAGACUAAAGCAACGACAGCAAAGCAAGACGCAACAGGACAAGACCUCAGCCAUGUGCAACUGGAACACUUACACAUUCGACUGUGGCUGCAUGUCGAUGGAUCUGCGAUCGCGAUGCCAGCGCAAGCUCGCCGACGACGAGCUGGACCCGUGCUUCUGGAUGCAGCGCGUCAGCGACAAGUGGAGAUUCCACCAGCAGAGGAUGUGCGACGGCUGCAACUACCGGCUGAUGCACGGCGAGUACGUGCCGAUGAGGAAGCAGACCAGAUGGAGCGAUAUUCGGGCGAGAGCGCAUGAGAUUGCGUGGCUCAUGGCGAGGGCUAGACAGCUGGGCUGA